AUGAAGAAUAUCGUUUUGGUGAGCGCUCUGGCAGCUGCCGGCCUUUUUGUGGGCUCUGCAGGCGGGCGCCCUUUCGAGCACAAGCGCGACAUUGUCACCGAGAUUGUCUAUGUCACUGAGACGGUCGCGGAUGUGAUUGUGUAUGUCGAUGGAUCGGGCGUGCCCUACUCAACCACAACUUCUGAGAGGGUCGGCGCCGAAACCGCUCCUUCGACUACGUCUGAGAUUUCGCUGUCGACAUCCAAGGUUGUGCUGUCCAAGUCGGACAUUCGUACCAGUUCUUCUUCUGCAAAGGUCCAAGUCGAAGCCGCACUUUCAACUACGUCCGAGAUUGCGCUCUCAACGUCAGCUGUUCGUGUCACUUCUUCGCCUUCUGCCGUCACUCCCCAGUCAACCCCGCAGGCGAUUUCGGAGAAGCCCAAGUCGGCGAGCACUACUCCUUCGUCUAAGCCCACCGCUGUAGAUACCACUUGCACCACGACCACACUGACGCCUUCUCUGGUCACUCCUGAGUACACCUCCCCAACAUCCACGUCUACCACGUCAACGACCACGACCAAAGCAUCCGGACCAGCGCCGCAAUCUCCACCUCCAGCGAAACCUGCUCCGACUGAGCAAGCUGGUGCAGAUACUAUGCCUCUGGGUAUCACAUGGGAUGCCUACACCGACUCAUCCGGAUGCAAGUCUCCCGCCCAAGUCGCGAGCGAAUUCAGCCGAAUGAAAGACUACAAGGUAAUACGCAUCUACGGCAAAGACUGCAACCAGAUUGCGCUCGCUGUUCAGAAUGCGCUCAAGAACGGCCAGAAGCUCAUGGGCGGUGCGUACGUCGACACCAGUGGCGGCGGUGAAGACGUGGGCGAUGUCAUUCAAACAUACAAGAACGCCAUUGAUCAGUACGCCGGCGGUAAUUGGGAUGUCAUUCAGCUCUUCAGCGUGGAGAACGAGCGCAUCAACGAGCGCAGGAUGACGGCCCAGCAAGUCGUCGACGUAAUCGGUUCGGCGCGCGCCCAGCUACGACGUGCUGGCUACAAUGGCCUCGUGGGCGCAACGGAAACGGCCCCUGCAACAAUCGACAAUCCAUCCAUCUGCGCCGCCUCAGACGUAGUCAUGGUCAACAUCCACGCUUUCUUCGACCGAAACACGCAAGCCGCCGACGCGGGGCCCUUUGUCCAGAGCCAAGUGCAGCUCGUCAAGUUCGCCUGCAACAACAAGCGCGUCGUGGUUACAGAGUCGGGCUGGCCUCACCAGGGCAACGCAAACGGUGCGGCUGUGCCCUCGCCCGAGAACCAGCGUGCUGCUCUAGACUCGAUCCGCGCCGCCUUCUCCUCCGACAUGUUUCUCUUUAGCUCCUUCGACUCGGGCUGGAAGGCUAACACGGCAUCCACCUUUAACGCGGAGCGCUUCUGGGGCAUCCUCUAG